CACCGAAUCAGUGACCAAAUGAAGACAAUGCGGGACUGAAUGAAUGGCUGAUCUCCCGGACGACCACAAGGUUAAGGAUAUAUUAGAGACCUUUCGAGUGGAAGACCUUCAGAGCGUUUUGCGUUCAUUUCAGUUGCCAUUCGUUGGCCGCAAACCAGAGCUCUUCCAACGGGUCCUGUCGCUCAUCAAUCACUUGCAAUACGACAUCGAGUUCUGUCUGAACGCCAAACGAAAGAUACAACAGAUUUACAGACAAAGAGAGGAUUUGGACGACGAAGUGAUGGCCCCAUCCCUCCAGAGGUCACAAUCCAAGCGAAAGUCGACGCGAUAUGAGUCGGACGACAGCUUUGAAGCCACGAGUAGUAGUGACAGCAGUGAUGUCGAGUCGGAUGAGUCGGCAUUCAUAGUGAAU